GCACCGCCAGCAACACCAGAACCGCAAGCAUUUCCUUCUCUUCUCUCCCUCCAAAUUGUUUCUUUCUUUAAUCAAGCUCCCCUCCGUGUCCUACUCUGCUCGCUCCUCCCCGCGACAGCCGGCGAGAGCACCAGAAUCCUCCAGCGAGGAUUCCACAGAGGAGAUUUCGCUGCAAAAAUCUCGUCUUUUCCCCCUCCGUCCCACCAGGCGGCGCGGCUGUUCGUCCCCUCCCCUACCCGGAUUGGUUGAUCUGGACACGGUUCUGAAAUUUUCAGAAGUGGCAAAUUGCCCCCUCUAUGGCUGCUUAGAGUAGGAGUAUGAGAUAUCACUGACUCGGAGAGCAGAUUUUUUAUGGGAGAAGGAAGGCUCCAUAAGCAUCCCUCUGGCCGUUUUAUUGAAUCCCUUAAAAUGGAGAGGGUUAGGACUAUCCUGACUCAUAGAUACCCAUACCCGCAUGAGCACUCAAGACAUUUCAUGAUUGCCGUGAUUGUCGGCUGGCUUUUCCUCCUUUCAUCGGAUAACUUGCAGAACCUUAUAAUGAAAUUGGACAAGAAUUUCAAAUGGUGGUCCAUGUAUGCUUGCUUGAUUGGUUUCUUCUAUUUCUUCUCGUCGCCGUUUAUUAGGAAGACUAUCAAGCCAAGCUACUCAAACUUUAGUCGGUGGUACAUUGCCUGGAUAUUCUUGGCAGCAUUAUACCAUCUCCCUAGUUUUCAGUCAAUGGGGUUGGAUAUGAGGAUGAACCUUUCCCUCUUCCUCACCAUUUAUAUUUCCUCUCUAAUUUUCUUGAUCGUCUUUCACGUCAUAUUUCUCGGACUCUGGUAUUUGGGUCUUGUUUCUCGCAUGGCAGAGAAAAAGCCGGAGAUGCUAACUAUAAUCCAAAAUUGCGCAGUUAUCAGUAUAGCUUGCUGUGUGUUUUACAGCCACUGUGGUAACAGGACUCUUUCAAGAGAUAAAUCUAUUGAUCGUAGAACUGCUAGCUGGGUUGCAUUUUCACUCUGGAGAAAGCAAAAUGAUGACAAUACACUGAUUUCAAGGCUAUUACGUAUGCAUAAGUUCAAAGACCAGAUUUGCUCGUCCUGGUUUGCUCCGGUUGGCUCUGCUAGUGAUUACCCACUUCUCUCGAAAUGGGCCAUUUAUGGAGAAUUAGCUUCCAAUGGAUCUCAAGACUCCAACAUCAUCUCACCUGUGUACUCUUUGUGGGCUACAUUCAUUGGUCUUUACAUGGCCAAUUAUGUUGUGGAACGGUCUACUGGAUGGGCUCUAACUCAUCCUUUGACAAUUUCGGAGUAUGAGAAUCUGAAGAAACUGUUGAAACCAGAUUUUGAGGACAUGGUUCCUUGGUACUCUGGGACCUCAACAGAUUUAUUCAAAACUGUUUUCGACCUCAUGGUAUCGGUGACACUCUUUGUUGGUCGAUUCGACAUGCGUAUGAUGCAGGCUGCAAUGAACAAAGGUCCAGAUGAAGCUAAGAGGGGCGACCUUUUAUAUGAUCAUCUUGAUGCAAAAGAAGAACUUUGGUUCGACUUCAUUGCAGAUACUGGCGAUGGUGGCAACUCUACAUAUGCUAUAGCACGUUUACUUGCUCAACCUUCUUUAGUCAUAAAAUCUGACGAUUCCAGGCUUACAUUUCCCCGCGGAGAACUACUACUAAUUGGUGGAGACCUUGCAUAUCCAAAUCCAUCCGAAUUUUCGUAUGAGCGGCGUUUUUUCUGUCCUUUUGAGUAUGCUCUCCAGCCUCCCGCUUGGUAUACUCCUGAACAUAUAGCAUUGGAAAAACCUGAACUUCCCCUUGGAGUUUCUGAGAUCAGGCAGUAUAGCGGACCACAAUGUUUUCUGAUUCCUGGAAACCAUGAUUGGUUUGAUGGACUACACACAUUCAUGAGGUAUAUUUGUCAUAAAAGCUGGCUUGGUGGGUGGUUUCUUCCCCAGAAAAGGAGUUAUUUUGCAUUAAAGCUUCCAAAUGGGUGGUGGGUUUUUGGUCUUGACCAAGCUCUUCAUGGUGACAUCGAUGUUUACCAGUUCAAAUUCUUUGCAGAGUUAUGUCAACAGAAGGUUGGAGAGAAUGAUUCUGUAAUCCUUAUAACUCAUGAGCCAAAUUGGCUUCUGGACUGGUACUGGAGUGAUAGAACUGGAAAAAAUGUAACAUAUUUAAUACGUGAGUACCUCAAGGGACGGUGCAAACUGCGGAUGGCUGGCGACCUGCACCAUUAUAUGCGUCAUUCUUGCGUCGAGUCCAAAGAACCAGUACAUGUACAACACUUGCUUGUAAAUGGCUGUGGUGGAGCCUUUCUGCACCCAACACAUGUCUUUGAGAACUUCAAGGAAUGCUAUGGGAACAAGUAUGAAACAAAGGCUGCAUAUCCUUCUUACGAGGAGUCUAGCAAGAUUGCACUUGGUAAUAUAUUGAAAUUCCGAAGGAAAAAUUGGCAAUUCGAUGUCAUUGGUGGUUUUGUGUACUUCGUAUUGGUUUUCUCAAUGUUUCCACAGUGUGACUCAUUUCGUAUCUUGCAUGAAGACUCUUGGGGUGACCGUAUGAAUAGUUUCUUCAUUGCAAUGUGGAAUGCUAUAUUUGAGAUUCUCGAGCGUUCUUAUGUAUCCCUAGCUGGUGUUGUUAUUCUAUUGAUGGUAUCAUUUUGUUUUGUACCCACAAAACUAUCACGAAGAAGACGUGCUUUGCUUGGUUUUCUUCAUGCUACUGCCCACAUAACUUCGGCUGUAUUACUGAUGCUGCUGAUGGAACUUGGUAUUGAGAUAUGCAUCCGCAACCAUCUAUUAGCAACAUCAGGAUACCACACCCUCUACGAAUGGUAUCGAAAGGCGGAAAGUGAGCAUUUUCCCGACCCAACAGGACUUCGCGCACGUUUGGAACAGUGGACUUUCGGGCUUUAUCCUGCAUGUAUCAAGUACCUUAUGUCCGCAUUCGACAUCCCAGAGGUCAUGGCAGUAACUAGGACCACAAUCUGCAGAAAAGGAAUAGAGUCCCUUCCUCGGGGAGGUGCCAUUAUCUACUAUGUCUGUGUCUUCCUGUACUUCUGGGUCCUGUCUACCCCCGUUGUGUCAAUGGUGUUCGGGAGCUACUUAUACAUAUGCAUAAAUUGGUUCCAUAUCCAUUUCGACGAGGCCUUUUCCUCCCUGCGGAUAGCGAAUUACAAGGCGUUCACACGGUUCCACAUCAAGAAGAAUGGAGACCUUGAGGUGUUCACUCUGGCUGUGGAUAAGGUGCCAAAAGAAUGGAUGCUGGAUCCAGACUGGGACAUGGAGCCCAAGGAGCCGUUCCAGAUGAGCCACAAUAGGAGGUUCCCAAGCAAAUGGCGAGCUGGCUCCGGAUGGUCAGAGCCGACCAGCACGGUGCGGGUUGUCGACCAGUUUGUCAUCCCACGGACGCCUACAGAUCCUUCUUUAUCGGACCUUGCUACAUGAUUGACAUAUAGGCGACGCUGUUGUAAACUUGUAAUGUGUAACAUAGUAGUUCAAUCUUGUGCUACCUGUGUUGCGAAAAGGCUGUACAGUGAUCGAAGGUAUCUCAACUGACAUAGCGUAGAACAAAGCUAGUAGAAAAGAUAGGGGUGAAGAAAUGUAGAAUCACGAGGGUGGAUGUUGUAGAUCUGUGCUGAAAUUCAAACCUUGAUGGCUCUUAGCCAGCCUGUUAUAUUUGAUGCUUGUUUCACGUUUU